AUGGUACAGGCCAAACGUGUUUUCAGGGGCAGACUUACGUGGUGCCAGAAAAAUCAGGAACAAAUAAUUAUGGACAAAAUUGCUUCGCACCUUUCUGGGUCUGACUUUGGGAAACUUUGGAAAUCCACCAAUAGGUUGCAUGGAUCGCAUGGCCUUCCCUUGAGCGUUGAUGGCGUGUCUAGGGAGCUAGACAUAGCAGAUACUUUCAAGCAGCAUUUUGCUGUGAAACCGCCUCUUGGGCCGUCUCAGGGUGUGCCCGGUGCUGAGGCUAGUCGUGGACAGGUUGUUACCUUAAUUAAAGCUAAAGAUAUCCGUAUAGCUAUAAGCAGAAUCAAAAGAGGUAAAUCACCUGGACACGAUGGCCUCAGUAUUGAGCACAUAAAGGAUGCCGAAGCGCACAUAGCGAGAGUGCUUGCACUAUUAUUUGAUUUAUGUUUGGCACAUUCGUACCUUCCUUUUGAUUUGAUGAGGACGAUUGUGGUACCAGUAAUCAAAAAUAGGACAGGAGAUGUGGCAGAUAAGAGUAACUAUAGGCCAAUCUCUUUGGCGACAGUCGUAGCCAAGGUGCUUGACGGCGUGCUCAACUCAUAUUUAAACCCGUAUCUACACCUAUAUGAUGCUCAGUUUGGCUUUCAACCAGGACUUUCUACGGAAAGCGCUAUAGUGACCUUGAAGCAUACUGUCAAGUACUAUACCGACAGGAAGACACCCAUUUUCGCGAAGCACGCGAAAAUGGGUGGAUUUGGUCUCAUAAUGACAUCCUAUGGGCUAAAUUGA